GCCUAUGGCUGGGCGUUGGAGGGUAUGCGUCACCUAGCCGCGGUCAGCAUGGAGGACUGCACGCUGCCGGACAAAUGCCAGGCUGUGAUUGGCUGCCUGGAGGAGUACCAGCGCCAGCACCUGCCCAUCCAGGACGCACGUUUCCAGGAGAUGAAGGCGGCGGCGGGCGAGCUGCGGGGGGAGCGCGGCCUCCGUCAGUGGAGCUUCGCCUGGUCCAAGUGUCAGGAGACCAAGAGGAUGCUGGACAGGAAGAUGGAGGCGGCGCUUCGCACACGAGACUCCGCCCACAGGCAGCGCUCCGACUCCAACCUUAGCAGGAGCUCCGCCUCCUCCAGGAGAACUCUGUCAGGACUCUGGGGCGGCCACGACACCUCCUCCUCCUCUACCUCCUCCUGCCCACCUGAGGAGGAAACCAAAGCCUCCUCCCCUCCCCGCAGCUCCGCCCCCGUCACCCCGCAGCGCACGCCGCUCCUGCAGCGCCUGUUCCGCAGCGUCUCCUCGGAGGAUUCAUCGGACCGGCUGGACGUCUGCUCCUCCAGUCCCAGCCUCCCCCGCCUCGACUCCUUCACCUCCUCCACCCCUUCCUCCUCCUCCUCAUCCUUCUUCUCCUCCAGCAGGAGGCAGCUGAGGAAGACGCAGAGCUUCGACUGCCCGCCCACCCCCGAGGUGCUGCGCUACGGCCCGAACCUUCGCGCCCUCAGCGAGCCGGUGCGCCGCGGAAACACGGGCGUCUUCAUCCGCGGCCUGGAGGUCAGCAGCUCCGAGGCCGCCGACCACACGCUCUGUCCCCGCACCGCCGCUACCGGCUGGGCGGGACGCGGCCCCGGGACCCCCGGGUCCCCCAGGACCUCCUACAGCCCCAAAGCAGAGCCCCGCCCCCGAGGGAGUAAGCUGCGUCACGUGGUGGAGGAGAUGGUGACCACGGAGAGGGAGUACGUGCGCUCUCUGCGUUACAUCAUCCAUCACUACUUCCCGGAGAUGGAGCGCGCCGACCUUCCUCAGGACCUGCGGGGGAAACGCUCCGUGGUGUUCGGGAACCUCGAGAAGCUUCUGGACUUCCACAGUCAGUUCUUCCUGCGAGAGCUGGAGGCGUGCUGGAAACACCCGCUGAGAGUGCCACACUGCUUCCUACGACACGUACGACACAGACACACACACACACACACACACACACACACA